AAUCCUGGAUGCUUGCAAAUCCUGAAAUAUAUUCCUCCUUUAGUUUUACACAGCUCUGUGUCAUAUACACAGAUUAGCUUUAAAAUCUGUCACAUUCCACUUUGCCUUUACUUUUAUGUAUCAUUCCCCUGACUUCCUUACUGCAGGUUGGGCAAGAAAACUUUUCCUUUAAAACUUUUCAACAGCGGGCAUAAAAUUCUGCAGCUGAGGUCUUGAAGAAUGCAGAUGGGAGACGAAACCAGACAGAGGGUCAAGUUUACAGAUGAUCGUGUCUGCAAGAGUCACCUUCUGGACUGCUGCCCCCACGACAUUCUGGCUGGGACGCGCAUGGACUUAGGAGAAUGUACCAAAAUCCACGACUUGGCCCUCCGAGCAGAUUAUGAGAUUGCAAGUAAAGAAAGGGACCUCUUUUUUGAGUUGGAUGCGAUGGAUCACUUGGAGUCCUUCAUCGCUGAGUGUGAUCGGAGAACGGAGCUUGCCAAGAAACGGCUGGCAGAGACCCAGGAGGAAAUCAGUGCAGAAGUUUCUGCAAAGGCAGAAAAAGUACAUGAAUUGAAUGAAGAAAUAGGAAAGCUUCUUGCUAAAGCUGAGCAGCUGGGAGCUGAAGGAAAUGUGGAUGAAUCACAGAAGAUUCUCAUGGAAGUGGAGAAAGUCCGUGCAAAGAAAAAAGAAGCUGAGGAAGAAUACAGAAAUUCCAUGCCUGCGUCCAGUUUUCAGCAACAGAAGCUUCGUGUCUGUGAGGUCUGUUCGGCCUACCUUGGCCUCCAUGACAAUGACCGUCGUCUUGCAGACCACUUCGGGGGCAAGUUACACUUGGGAUUCAUUCAGAUCCGUGAGAAGCUCGAUCAGUUAAGGAAAACCGUGGCUGAGAAACAGGAGAAGAGAAAUCAGGAUCGGCUGAGGAGGCGAGAGGAGAGAGAGCGGGAGGAGCGGCUGAGCAGAAGGUCUGGAUCAAGAACAAGAGAUCGCAGGAGGUCGCGCUCCCGGGACCGACGUCGCAGGCGGUCGAGGUCUACUUCUAGAGAGCGGCGGAAGUCGUCCCGCUCCCGGUCCCGGGACAGACACCGGCGCCACCGAAGUCGCUCCCGGAGCCACAGCCGCGGCCAUCGCCGGGCAUCCAGGGACCGGAGCUCGAAAUACAAGUUCUCCCGAGAGCGGACUUCAAGGGAGGAGUCCUGGGAGCGCGGGCGGAGUGAGCGGGGGGCCACCGACUGGAGGCUUGAGAGUGCCAACGGGAAGGCUGCAUCGCGGAGGUCAGAGGAGAAGGAGGCCGGCGAGAUCUGAGCCCACGCCCAGGCGCUGUAAAUAGUCCGAUCCACGUUUGACACGGCCUCACGUUACCCUUUCUAUUUGCGGAAUACAGCUCAUCUUUUGUAGUUUAACAUUUCUAUUGUUUUGGAGCUAGCUGUAAGUUUCUAGAGGUGUACAGAGUUGCUCCUGUGUUCUGGGUUAUGUCGAGUGGGAAUAAACAACCUGACAGACUGCCUCCCGGCGGCCACGGUGCGUUCUCUGCUGUCCUGGCUGCGCUGGACUUGCCAUGCCUUCCACAGGGUGGGGGGCACGCCUGGGUCACUUGCACGCAGCCCAGAAAUGUGACUCAUCCUCAGGCUCCCCUCUGCCUUAUGCUCUCCCUGCCCCAUGUGUCCUUCUGAGGUCCAGGCUGUUCUCUUCCCCCAUUUCUUUGGAGGACUGCCUGUCUGCUUUGUGGUCAGCAGCCUCCGCCCAGCACUGGAGCUCAGAUAAGCUGCAGUUCCCUGUCUCGGAGUUACUCCGAGCAAAGACCCAUGGAAAGGUCGACCUGACGGCCACGAGGUCCUCAGAGGAGGGCACGUUGACUUUGGGGUCAGUCGUGGUUCUGCUCACCCUUGGCAGGGCUGGUGGUAUUACCCAGUCUCCCUCAGCCCUUCUGCUUGUAUCUUGAGACUAAAGUGAGCUAU